AUGAAUGAACAAAUCUCAACAUACAUAAUUUCUGCUUCAGAAGCUAAAUCCAUGGCGGAAUCCAAAGGUCUCACCGUCCCUCAACUUCUUCCAUCACUCAUUAAAUCAGCUCAACAUCUCGCUCGUCCACCCAUCUCCGAUUUCCGAGUCGGCUCCGUCGGCUUAGCCUCCGACGGCCGGAUCUUCUUCGGCGGAAACGUCGAAUUCCCCGGCCUCCCCCUCCACCAUUCCAUCCACGCCGAACAGUUUCUGAUCACCAACCUCGCCGCCCACGGCGGUGGCUCAAAACUUCUCUACAUCGCCGUAUCCGCAGCUCCCUGCGGCCAUUGCCGUCAAUUCCUUCAAGAGCUCCGGGGAGUCUCCGAUACCCAGAUUGUAAUCACCGAUCAACCCCAAGAAAACCCUAAUUACAAUCCCAUUUCGUCGAUUUUACCGAACCCUUUUGGGCCUUUAGAUCUUUUGGAUCGAGAAACGCCUCUAAUUCUUGAAAAACACGAUAAUCAAUUGACUUUUAAAGGGAAUUUAGAUUUAUCAAAUGUGUCUACGGAAUUGGUGAAAAGGGACGAGGAAGAAUUGAAGAAGGCGGCUCUAGUGGCGGCGCGUGGGUCUCACGCGCCGUACAGUGGUUGUCCAUCUGGUGUGGCAUUGAUGGACUGUGAAGGGCAAGUGUAUAAAGGAUCUUAUAUGGAGUCUGCUGCGUAUAAUCCAAGUAUGAUGCCAGUACAGGCGGCGCUGGUGGCGUACAUGGUGGCCGGAGGUGGUGGGUAUGAGAGGAUUGUGGCGGCGGUAAUGGUGGAGAAGGAGGUGGCGAUGGUGAGGCAGGAGGAGACUGCUAGGUUACUUUUGACUCACGUUUCACCAAAAUGCGAGUUCAGAGUUUUUCAUUGCAUCUGAUUUAAUGUUUAGCAUCUUAAUGAACGAACAUAAACGGGGAUGAACACAUCCAUUCUUUAAUCGAACGAAAACAUACACGAAAAUUUUUGUUCGUUUAAUAUUCGUGUUCAUUCAUUU